AUGGAAGGGAUACCGAGAGGAUUGCUGUGUCUGUGGUUUUGGGACAUUUGGCCAACUUUGAUCGCCGAUUACAAAGAAUUGCCUACACUGCCGAGAUCAAGAAUAGACGCGACCUACAGGCUGAGUUGCAGGUCUUCGCUUUUGACAGGCGCACACAUCAUUCUGGAAAUGAGGAAUCUGGAGGAAAGCGAGCUAAGUUCGCGCUCUUGAAGUGCCAUCUUUGUGGUAAAAUGGGACACAAGAUGAUUGACUGCCGAAACAGGAAGCAGAGCGCUGGCAUGUCGAGACAGGAUCACCGAGGAAGCCAAUCAUUUCAGCAGCAUUCUAAAGGCAGUAUAACUUGCUAUCGCUGCCAGGAGCAAGGUCAUAUAGCUUCACAAUGCCCCAAAAAUAUGGCAAGUGGUGGAGCUGGAUUUCGGAACGAGAAGAGAGCUGAGCUGUGCGUGGUGGAUGAACCAAAGACAAGUAUGCUGCUACGAGGUGAG